CCGCCGGCCUGGUGCCGUGGUGGACUCCGCCCUGGGUCCUUCGUGCUGCUGAAGUACGCGGGGGACACGACGUGGCACACGACGCUGCUGAUCCGGGAGGUGGACUCGGCGACGAAGGGGUGGUUCAUCCUAACCCCGGACGAAGACUUGUACGUCGAGCGCCUGGAGGCGUCCGAGGACGGAAACAUCCGCGCGGUGCGAGUUUGCGCUGCCGGAGGGACGACCCCGAUCGGAGUGCACCUUAGCAAGACGUACGGCUUCGACCCCCCGCCGGUCGAGGCGGACCUCGAGGGGCUGGUCUCCGAGACGGAGCCGUUGGUGGACAGCGAGCGCGGCCUGCUGGGGUUGCCGCCGCUGCCGGCCCCUCCGACGGGGGCACUUGUGGUUCCCACAGCUCGCACCGCCACGCUUCUGCUCGACUUGGGGGCCCCGCCAGGGCCCAGGCUUUCGACGCCGCCUGGCACCGUCUGGGUCUACGCGGAGUCCGCCUACGGCCGCGAGAAGGGCGGGCGGGCCGCCCUCAACGACACGGCCGUGGCCUCUGGCGACAGAGGGGCGCUGGAGCUGGAACCGGGCGCCUCGAUCGCCAUCGCGCGCGUCGAGAUCGGCCGCGAGGAGGAGUUCCCGAAGGAGCACACGACGAAGGAGAUGAGUCUGAUUGACACCGAGACGGACGCCAGGGUCAUGCGGGUCAAGUACGCUGGAGGUUCCGGCAAGCGGCACCGAGACUGGAAGGACGUCCUGGACGGCAUCUCGGAGGCGCCGCUGAUCGACUUGCCGAUCGAGGGGCCGCGGACGAGCAGCUGGUGCGUGGCUUUCCUUGGUCGUGGUGCGCACGGCGGUACCCCCCUAGACCAUCACAGGUGGUGGCGGCACGCUGCGAAGCUGAACGCCGGCGACUGGGGGGUCGCGGAGCACGAGUCAGUCAUGAAAGCUCUGACCCAUGCAGGGUCAUAUGACCAGCUGGACCUCGCCAACCUCGCCUGCAUCGAACACCUAUGCAGGCGUGCCCAACUCAUCGAGCACUACUACCGCGAAAAGAUCAGGGACGUGGACCGCGGCGCCAUCGGCAAGAACGCGCUGCCCUACGACGAGCAGGAGAUGUUCAUGGGGGAGGAGUUAGAGAGGGAGGCCGCGAUCGCGAAGCAGGCGCGCAAGGCUCGCGAGGAGCGCGAGCUGGCGCGGCGACUUGGCGCGGCGCUGGGCGCGCGGGGCCUGACCAUCCCCGCGCAGCUGUACCGGUCAUCAGCCUUGGCGGAAGGAGACGCCACCGUCACUGCCAGCGAGUUCGCGGCCAACAGGGUGAUUGACAUAGGUGAGCCGCCGAAGGGCCUCACUCCUUCUGCCGCCUUCAACGAGGUGGUGAAGUCCGCCGACUACCACGGUGAGCGUGUGGACGUUGCUGCUAUCGAUAUUUGCUUCCUUUCUCUUCCUCCGGAAGGUCAUCGGCCCGCCCCACUGGCUGAACUCCUGGGGGCUGGGGGCGCGCUGGAGAUCGAGCGAUGUUGUAAGGAGCUUGGCUGGCCAAGUGAAGUUGCGGCCGAGAUAAAGGCUUCGCUCAACUUGAGGCGGCCCCACAUGGACCGCGGGCUCGUGCAGCGGCCGCGCAUCUACGCCCACCUCGUGGAGGCCCUGCUCAAGCGCGGGCUCAUCGAUUUUGGCACAGACGUGCGCUGCGAGUGUGGAGUUUCCAGAGCAUGGAAGAAGUCGGGGAAGCAGAGGAUGGCGAUUGACGCCCGCCUCUCGAACGCCCACUUCGGCCACUCGAAGGAGACGCCUCUGCCCACCGGGGCCGCCUUCUCGGAGAUCGACCUCGAGGGCGAGGCCGAGGCGUGGUUCGCCGCUCUGGAUCUGAAGGACGCCUUCUACUACAUUGAGCUGCCCAUGCAGCUGCGCUGCUACUUCGGCCUGCCGAAGGUGUCUGCGAAGAACAUGCACCUUCCGACGGACGUGCUCAGCCUGGCCGUGGACGGGUUCCUCCAGCCGAGGUUUGCCGCGAUGCCGAUGGGGUGGACGCACGCGCUCUACUGGGCGCAACUCGCCCACUGCCGCAUCCUGACGCGGGCCUUCCCGGACUUCGAGGUGGAGGGCUUCUUGGCCGACAACAGGGCGCUGCCGUCGGCGGAGAAGGGGGUCAUCGGCCUGUGCGUCGACAACUUCGCGGCGGUGGGCCACUCUGCCGAGGCCGCCAACCAGCUGGCGGCCCGGGCCACAAACCGCCGCCGCUGGCGCCUGCGGCUGGCGCUGGAGCACGCCCUGACGCGGAACAAGCUCUCGGGACAUGAGCUCCGGCAGCUCGUAGGCUACUUCACGUUCUGCGCGCUGGUGCAGCGGACCGCCUUCCUGAAGGAGUCAAAGGCGCUGGACAGGAAGUGGUCGCGCGUUGGUGCUCUGCCUGGCCGGGCGACUGCCGGCCUCAGCCGCGGCUCCGACCAGGAGGACCUGCGCACGCGGCGGCCCGCCAGCAGCAGCGCGGGGGCCGCGCCAGUGCACGAGGACCAGUUGCCCCGGGCUACGAGCGCCCUGAAGGGCGCCAGGCGGGGCGGGGGGCGAAGGCAUCCCAUCGUGAGGAUGGGCCGCACGGCCGCGCUGCGCCUGGCGGCCCACGGAGACGAGAGGGGCGCCCCGAGGACGGUUCUGGAGAUGCACGCCGCGGCGCCCAACUCCAGGGCCCAGUACUCCAAGAUGUGGGAGAGCCUCCAGGACUGGGCGGAGCACCACAUGCUGCCGCUCAGCCCGCCCAGCGCUCUCGACGCGACGCUGGCCGAGUACCUGGAGCACCUUUACUUCGGAGGCCACGACGCGGGGAUGGGGGCGAAGGCGAUCUCUGCAGUUGGCUUCUUUGUGCCGGAGGUCUCGCGCCACGGGGCAGCCAGGCUGCCCAUCCCAGCGGAGGCGGCGACCGCCAUCGUGGUCGCCACGCGCGCCCGCGGGGAGCGGAGAGCCGCUGCAGGGACGCUGCCAGCGACCACCUGCUACCUGCGGCCUGGGGAGCUGGCCGCCGCGAAGCUUGCGGACCUGCUACCGCCGGGGGCUUUCGCUGGCGAGGGCCACGUUCACUGGGUGCUCCAGCUGAACAGGUUCGAGGAGGGGGGGCCGUCCAAGACGGGGCGCUUCGACGACUCGAUCGCGCUCGACGAUCCGAGGCACGCCGCGCUGCACAGGUUCCUCGGCCAGCUCAAGCGGACAGCACACCCGGACGAGCCACCCAUCGGGAUGGGGCAGCUCCAGCACGCAAAGCUGUUCGGCGAGGUGAUGAACGAGCUGCGCCUGAACAUCCUCGGGCCGCCAGCGCCGCACCAACUGCGGCACGCCGGCGCGUCAGACGACCGGGCGAGCGGCCAGAGGAUGCUGGCGGGUAUAAAGAAGAGAGCGGCCGCCGACUGGCGGCCGCGGCGGCCUGGCGCGGCGCAGUGCCUGGGGCUGCGGGAGCGCCUGCCGGGCCACCCAGGCUUGGACAUCGUGGAUGCGCGGGCGGACG